AUGUUUCCACCCAAUGUUAGGCCUAAUGCCCAAGAUCUUUGUGGAAACACCCAUGCUGCAACAUCAUCAUUGACCAACACAAACAUAAACACUCACCACUCUCCAUUCCAUCAUCCUUCUCCACAACAACAACAACAACCCAUUCAUUCAUUUUCUUCUUCCACAUCCUCCUUCUCACACCAUCAUCAACAACCUACUCCUUCCACUCCCUCUCAUCAUCAUUCUCUCAUGAUUCCCAAUAAUAAUAAUAAUAACAACAACAAGGCUUAUGGUGCACCACAGACCCAUCAAGGUGUGUUUGAUUCCUUCUCUCCCUUCUCUAAUUUUCAUAUGAGUAGUGGUUCUUCUCCCGAGAAUUCUUCAUCAUCCUCUCAAGGUCGUGAUAAUCAAGGCUUUCAUCAGCCUUUGUAUCACCAACACCACCAACCUCAAGGAAAUGAUUAUUACUCUUAUGACCACUAUGGACAUUCAUUCAUCAGCCAUACUCCCUUCCAAUGGCAUUCAAACAAUCCUGUCUGUCCAUCCGAUACGAGUCAUCAUCAUCAUCAUGUUGUUCAUCAAUUCCAUGAGGCUCAGUGCACCACUCCACACUUGGAAAAUUUAGAAUUCUCCAUCUCCAAGUCUACUACUACUACUUCAAAUCCACCCCAAGAUCUUGAACAGUCACUUUCCUCAACCACCAAAAAGACUUCUACAAACAACACCAACACCAUCACUGGUAUGAAGAGAAGAUCCAGUAAUUUUCAUUCCAUUUUCACUCCUUCACCUCCACAAUUUCAAUCGGUAUGCAAAAGUAGUCAUCAUCAUCUAGUUCCAUUUCAGAAUUCAAGUGGUGUAAACUCUGCUUCUUUUCAAUUAUCGUCGUCACCUUUCACCACCAUGAAUUCACAACAUACCUUAUCGAGAAUGACACCAAGCAACUCCACCAAUUCCACUGCCAACACUACCAACACUCUCGUAUCACCAAUGAUGACGACCAAUACAAGCAAUAAUACCAUACCAACUCUUCCUCCAACAACAACUUCCUUUCUUCCAGGAACGAGAACUUCCUUUGGUACCUCCACGACGACGACUAGUGCAACAUCACGAAGAAGUUUACCGAGCAACUUUUCGAAUCUCAUGAGUAAGGAAAAUAGAGGCAGCACUCCAAUGAUUCCAAUUCUUACACCUCUCAAUACAACUGCUGACAAAUCGCCUGUGAAAUGCAAACCAAAUGUCAUGUCAGACGGUGGUGCUACUGCUGCCAGUAAUCACAUGUUGGAUUCAGACGAUGAAAGAGAACAAGCUCCUCCUAGCGCUCCUAAAAAGAAGAAACCAACAAAGAAGAUUGGAACAAGAAGAGCCUCCUCCUGUAGUAGUGUGUAUAAGAAUUUAUUUGAGGAAGAACGAGCAUUUGACUUACCAGUCAAUUGUCACGAUGAUGAUGACGACGAAAUCGACGAAGAUUUUCGAGAAGUAUCCAACAACACAGACAAUAGUGGAAACCUUGACUCCUCGCUCCAUUCUCAUUACAGUAUUGGGUCCAUGUUCUUAGAGACUCCAUCUCCAUGUACGCCAAGGGAUCAAUCCAAUAGUGGAGGAAUGCGAAGUGGCAAUUCGAAAAAUCAACUCUUUGGGAAUUCUUGUAAUUCGAAUAAGAGUUUUGUUUUACCUUCCACCAUUCGACCAUUCCAAUCGAAUGCAAUACCCUUCGUGACUCCCAUUCACGCAAGCAAUAACAAUCGAUUGCUUGCAAGUACUCCUGCUUCCUCAUCCAUGAAAAGGACAACAACGAGUAGUGCUCCAGUUCUUGAAUGUGAAUUAACUGGAUCUGAUGAUGAGUUUAUGUCAAGUCUGAUGAAACCUCCACCACCAAGGAUAUCCUUGUCGAUGAAGCGUCACCAUUCCCAACUUCAACAUCAAAAUAUUUUCAACGAUUUUACUUUGGGUUGUGACGAUGAAGAAUUGGAAAAUAAUGAAGAUGAUGUUUUGAAUCCACCAUCCUUGAUAUACAAUGAGAACCGUACCAACACUGCGGGUGGUUCUGCACUCUUUUCAUCAUCCAAGUAUGAUAGCCCCAUUGAUCAAGACGAAACCAUGAAUGAAGCGGUAAAUUUAUUUGAUAGCCCGGUAUCUCAAGAGUCCAAAAAGAGAAAGGCAUUGAGAAGUCCUUCAUUUCACAAAUACAAAUCUCGAGAUGAAAUGGACAAUGAUGACUCACCUCCUAAAUUUGAGGAGUUUGAAAGAUUUGAGUCAUUCUUAGUGAACCCCAAGGCAAAACUGAAAACAAAGUAA